AUGCGGAUUUGGGCAUUUGAAGCGAUCCCAACUUUGGGAAUGAAGUUUGGUAUGAAAUAUCCAGAUAUAAUACCAAGAAUGGUCGCUUGGGAAAUGCCGAAGAGGUUAACGUCUGCUGCCAUUGAGAAUGUGUUGAAUUCGAAGGAGUUGGAGGUUAAUUCCACAUUGAUUCCCACCGAAGCUGAACUCGAAGAGGCCUAUUGGAAAGAGUUGAAACCAAUCGUGGAAGAAGAUGAGAGUGUUUCAUAUCAUUCCGAAGGAGACGAGGCUGAGCAAGAUGCCGAGCCACAGCAUGCAUACCACGAAGAGUCUCCUAGAGCAGCUCAACCACCACAACGUGAUUUUGAGAUCAACAUAGAGGAUUUAUUGAGAACGGAAAUUGAAAAACUUGAGGGAAGGCUACAAGCAGUUAUAUCGACUCGACUUGAUCGGGUGGAGAAAAAGGUUGACAGGUUAGUUGAAUUGGCUGUGGCGGGUCGGUUCCAUCCAGCAACUAGUGCAUUUGAUGGUGCCACUAGUAGCACAGCUUAUGUACCAGAAAAUGAACCGAAGGAUGAGUUGGAAAAGGAGGUUGGGUUUGAUGAUGUGACAGAUAGGAUUCAAAGUUAG